GGCAGCGUAUUGCAAUCCCGGAUGGGCGGCUAGGGCCAGUCACCUUGGACCGUACCCGUUUCAUCGGCUCAGCAGAGUUGUCGCUCUACGGGGGUACAUCUGGGAGUUGCGUGUGAGAUACAUAUACUCGUAGUAUCCAUCAUACGGCGACAUUGCUUUGUCUGCUUUCAUCGUCCCCUAGCUCAUGUGCGCAGCCCGUUAAGAAAAUAUGCAGGCACCUUGAUAACUGCGAGGAGACACUGUCGAUCAAAAUGCAGCUCAAGUUGUCCCACCUGCUGCUCGUCGCAGCAGCGGCCACCAAUAUCGCAGCCGUCCCAGCUGCACAGUCGCCCCCCCAAAUCGAGUUUCCGGCAGGAGGCUCAUCGUCCUUCUCCGCGCCCAUUGGCGUCUUCGGACACUUUAUCUGGCCUGGUGGAAAGGUCGUGAAUGCGAUCUCUUCGCUCCUCUCCUCGGCGCAUGCAACAGCAGGAGCAGGUGUCGUGGAAGAGGUCAAGCAGGCGGCUGCCACCUCAGCCACAUCGUCGUGCCACGUCCACUUUACUCAGGACCAGGGUGCCCUGCUGUUCGAACAAGAUGACACUGGCGAUAAGACCCUUUGGGACAUCAUCAAUGAUCGCAAAGACCUCAGUAUGCUUGCCCAUGUCCUCAAUUACUCGAGCGACAGCACGAAGGAUCUCCUUGCCAAUGGUUCCAGUCUAACACUCUUUGCACCUGUCAAUCGCCCACACCGUGAUCAUGAUCACGAUCACCAUGACCACCAUCAUCACCCCCAUCAUGGGCACCACGGUCGUUUCAGCUCUAUGGAAACACUCAUGCCCGAACAGGACGUUUGGUCUAUGUUGCAAACUCACAUUGCGUCCUACGAAGCAGUCACGACCGCCAGGGAGGGUAACAGUGUUAGCAAGGAGGAUGACAAUGACAAGGAGCGUCGUCGCAAGAUCCUUGCCAAGAUUAUCGAUGCCGUCAUAUCGUACCACCUCGUUGACUCAGAGACCACUCUAACUGGCAAGCAGCUCGCUGACAACUCGUCCGUUGCAACGCAACUCAGCACAGAGUGGCGCAACCUCAACGACGGUCAACCGUGGCGCGUCAAGAUCAGCCAGCAUCUACUACCGUUCCCGUCGAUUCGGGUUAACCACUACAGCACUAUCAUUCGCCCAGAUGUUAAAGCAAAGAACGGCUUGCUGCACGCCAUCACGCUCCCACUGUUCCCUCCACCAUCCAUUUUGCAGCUGCUCUACUUUUCCACGCCCGACCUGAGCGCUUCAACCUUGGGCCUGGUCAAAGCGGGCGGCGACGGCUACCUGGCGCUGCCGAAGCCGAAGCCGGAUGAGAACACGCCCGAUGAGCUCGACGGUGCGUACGAGGAUGCCUUUUUGAGCUUUUUGCGCAAUGCCCACAGCGAGCGCGAGCACCCACACUCGUACCCGGGCCCAGGCACCGCCGCUGCGACGUUUAUUGCCCCGUCCAAUUUGGCCUGGCGCCGGCUUCCACCGACACUGCGCCUCUUCCUACUCUCGCCGUGGGGCGAGCGCUGGCUGGCCAAAAUCUUCAUGCUUCACGCUUUGCCGCACGACAUCGUCUUUGCUGAUAGUAUCCAUCAUGUGAAGGCGUCCGGCGAUUCGGACGGUAAGGAUGGCUCUGUCAAGGUGUGGGAGGAGGUGAACGUCGAGCUGCCACACUGCCUGCAAAGACGGCCCCACCGUGUCGCGCACCACUUCAUCUCUGGCAGUUCAGCCGUUCCCAACGAUCUAGCAAAUAAACUCGGUUUCCCUGGGAUGCCGAGGAUCCCCAACAUUCCCAAGAUUCCCGCCCCACGCUUCCCGGGACGACACGACGAGCACAAGCACGACCCGCAUGACGGCCAGCCAGAACCCGAGCCGGAGCACCAUGGCCGCGCGAACGUGACGCACUACACCUUCCUGUCCGCCUUGCCGAAGAUCCACUGGCAUAACCACACUUGCCAUGGCCCGCACAGCGAGCAACAGGUCGUGUUUGCACCGCCGCACGACGAUGAUUCGCAAGAGGGCGCAAAGAAGUUCGAGACCGUCGAUGUCGAUGUGUACAGGUACCACAUGCUUCCGGGCAACUUUGAUCCCGUGCAGACGCGCGUCGUAGUGCAAGGCGAGCCGGUUUGGUUCCAGGACGUGCCAGCUUCGAACGGAGUCGUCCACGUAACGCACAGAUUCAUCAUGCCCAAGCACAUCAAGAAGCACAAGGGCGCACAUAGGCACGAGCACGAGGAGCAGCGCCCCGCGCCGACGGGCAGCAUCGAUGCUUUCUGGGAAAGCAUCGUUUCCGAGGCGCAAGAGGCGGGGUUUGCGCUUGACGAUACGGAUAUCGAGUCGCUAGGUCUCUGAAAGUCUCAGCUUUGGCCUUGAUUCACAGGCACACCCCGAUAUCAACCAUACUGUACCUGCCCUUCUGAAGGCAGAGCCGAUCCAUUGUCCCGUAUAUCUUGUUUGUUUUCGAUCGCUGCUUCUUCAUGAGCUCGUGCUCUAACGAAACUAUGGGUCGUCUUCUCAACGCGUCUUUGUGCACACGCAAGUAUUCCGACAUGUGCCAUGCAAGCGCUAUAGUCGCGGACUUGAACUGAUAGAACCCUUGAUCAUGAUCGGUGCGUCCCUUUAUCGCAACCGUGCCGUCUGUAUAGCUACAAAGGCCUCAGUCCAUACUGCUCAAGAACACUGCGACUGCUGGUGGUGCUGUUCUUCUCGUGAGUACCUGAGCCCAAGCCUGUUCCAGGCGCGGGGGCCGGGCUGCCGAACACCGGAUCGGCGCCGGAAGACGUUUUGGGGAAGGCAAUGACGUCGCGGAUGGAUGGGGCUUUGCAGAUAAUGGCCAUCAGGCGGUCGAAACC